AUGUGUUAUAUGUUUAGAGUUGACAUUUUAGACACUUCUGGUGAUAUGCAAUUUCCCGCUAUGCGCCGUCUGUCCAUUGCCACCGCCCACGCUUUCAUGCUGGUCUAUGCGUCCACGUCUGCGUCGAGUUUUCAAUGUGUCAAACAGUGUUUUGAGGAGAUACGUGAGCAGCGCGCCGACUAUCAGGAUAUACCGAUUGUUAUCGCCGGCAAUAAAUCUGAUUUGGCCAAUACACACAGAGAGGUGCGACUGGAAGAAGUCACGGACUGGGUCUAUUGUGAAUUGCCGCGACUAAGAAAAUCCCGUGAAUCUGUGCAUGUGGACGAGCACACAUCUUUCGGCACGAAAGCUACGUGGGCUGCCGCUAACUGA